AUGGCCACUCGCGACGUCCCCUCCCACCCUGUGACUGCCGAGGAGGCCGAGCACCCCAAGGGGGUGCUUGGGAAGAUCAAGGAGACGCUGGGCCUUGGGGGCGCCGGCGCGGAGGAGGGAGGCAAGACCGUGACUGAGAGCGUCAAGGAGACAGCCCAGGUUGCCAAGGAGAAGGUGACCGCUCCCGGUACCCCCGGUCGCGCGGGCGCCGUCGCGCCCGUCUGCCCCGCCUCCGAGGAGACGGUUGACAAGUGGAAGAAAGCAGAGGCGGAGACGGUGCGCGCCGAGCACGCCGGCACCCGCGCCGAGGAGGUGGCCUGCGAGGCAGAUCGCAUCGCGGCGCAGGCCGCCGCCGCCAAGGGCCUGACCGCCGACGCCGCCCGCCAGGCCGAGGAGCUCAAGGCCAAGCGAGAGGCGCUGGAUGCAGAGGCUCGCCGCCUGGAGCAGGAGGCUCGCGACCUCGAGUCCCAGCUGGAGCAUGCCCGCCAGGUGGCGCAGCGUGCGGAGCGCCGCAGGGUGGAGAUUGUGGAGGAGUCCAAGCGCAUCGCCCAGCCCUCUGCCGAGCUCAACAGCGAGGCCGACAGGCUGGCGCGUGAGGCGCAGGCCAUGCGGGACCGCGCCAUGGACCUGGAGCGCCACAUCCAGGGGCUGCGGGCCGGCAAGAAGAUGAAGGAGGCCAUGCGCAAAGAGGAUGAGGCGCAGCGCCUGGCCGCCGAGAAGGGAGACCUGCAGCAGCAGGCUGCCAGCGAGGAGGAGGACGCCAGGCGCCGGGAGGAGCAGUCGGAGCGUCUGAUGGAGGCGGCCCGCCAGGAGAUGCGGGAGGCCGAUGAGCUGGCCAAGCAGUACUGGAUGAAGCGCGACCGCGCCAAGGAGCUGGAGGCUCAGGCCAAGGGCGAGUCCGGGGCGGCCGCCUCCGAGGCGCGCUCCGCACAGAAGAAGCGCGUGACGGCGGAGCGCAUGGAACGCAAGGUGGAGGCUGCGGCGGCGGCGGCGCAGCGCGCCCUGGAGGAGAAGGCGGCGAUGGAGCGAGAGGCGCAGGCGCUGGAAGGCGAGAAGGAGACGUCGGAGCAGCGGGCCGCCAGGCUGGAGGCGGAGGCAGAGGCGCGCCGCGCGGCUGCCGGGCAGAAGGAGGAGGAGGCUGCCCGCAAGCGCACCGAGGCGGAGACCGUGGUGGCGCAGGGCCCGGGCGACACUUCGGAGCUGGAGCGCAAGGCGGUGGAGGCGCGCGAGGCUGCUGCUGCUGCGCAGGCCGAGAAGGACAGGCUGGCCCGCGAGGCGCGCAGCCUGGAGCAGACCUCCCAGCGCGGCAUGGAGGAGAGCCAGGCCAAGGUGGAGGAGUUCAGGGCAGCCAAGGGCGAGGCGGAGAGGCUGAGGGAGAGCGAGGAGGAGCACUGGCAGCGCGCCAAGGAGCUUGGCGACCAGGCGCGCCGCUCGGGGCGCGAGGAGGUGACCAGGCGCCUGGAGCAGGUCGAGGAGUCGCAGCUCACCUCCGCCACCGCCACGACGACCCGCACCACCACCACCGGCGCCGCCGCCACCACCGAGGGCAAGGCCACCGGGGCCGAGGGCGGCGGCGGCGCCGACCCGAGCCAGGAGUACGGCGUGCAUAGCGGGCGCAGCGUGGCCGACAUCUACAAGGCGGGAGCCGACACGGAGGAGGCCCCGGACAAGUUCGAGGCGCAGGGGCACGAGACGCUGCAGCACCACAAGAAGUGCAGCCACGAGCCCGGCGCCACCGACGCAGGCGCGUGCGGGCUGCAGGCUGCUGCUGCUGCCGCUAUCACUGCGCUGGCCUCUCCUCCCUCCCGCCUGCCUGCAGAGCUGCUGCGUGACGAGGGCGCCGACCUGCCGCACCGCACCAAGGCCGGCAAUGUGGAGCUGCCUGGCGCGGGCGAGAGCUGA